UCCCUAGUCCCCGGGGUAAGGGUACCAAGGAAGAGGUGACAGGAGUAGGGGGGCAGGGGCGUGCAACGCCUCCUCCCCGCGGCUCGCGAAUCCGCAGAGGCUCCCCUGUAGCCUUCUGGCCCGCCCCCGUUCGCUCCUCCCUCUGUGACUGGAUGGUACGUUCCUGUCCGCCUGGCCCGGCUGCAGUGGAUGUUGCUAGAAUCCACACCGCGGAGGAAGAAGGAGACGCGAGCAGGCUGCAGUAAUCCAAGCGGCCACCCCUGCCUCAGGGACCCCUUCCCCGAGAGACGGGCACCAUGACCCAGGGAAAGCUCUCCGUGGCUAACAAGGCCCCCGGGUCUGGGUCUGAGGGGCAGCAGCAAGUGAAUGGUGAGAAGGAGUCUCCAGCAGUGCCCUCAGCCCCGCCCUCCUACGAAGAGGCCACGUCUGGGGAAGGGCUGAAGGCAGGGGCCUUCCCUGCAGCCCCCUCAGGUGUGCCUCUCCACCCUGUCUGGGCCUAUGUGGACCCUAGCAGCAGCUCCAGCUAUGACAGUAGUUUCCCCACUGGAGACCAUGAGCUCUUCACCACUUUCAGUUGGGAUGACCAGAAAGUUCGCCGAGUUUUCAUCAGAAAGGUCUAUACCAUCCUGCUGAUCCAGCUGCUGGCGACCUUGGCUGUCGUCGCUAUCUUUACCUUCUGUGACCCCGUUAAGGACUAUGUCCAGGCCAACCCAGGCUGGUACUGGGCAUCCUACGCUGUAUUCUUUGCGACCUACCUGACCCUGGCCUGCUGUCCUGGAUCUAGGCGGUAUUUCCCGUGGAACCUGAUUCUCCUGACCAUCUUUACCCUGUCCAUGGCCUACCUCACUGGGAUGCUAUCCAGUUACUACAACACCACGUCCGUGCUGCUGUGCCUGGGCAUCACAGCGCUGGUCUGCCUCUCGGUCACCGUCUUCAGCUUCCAGACCAAGUUUGACUUCACCUCCUGCCAGGGCGUGCUCUUUGUGCUGCUCAUGACUCUGCUCUUCAGUGGACUCAUCCUGGCCAUCCUCCUGCCCUUCCAAUAUGUACCCUGGCUCCACGCAGUGUAUGCCGUGCUGGGAGCCGGCGUGUUUACAUUGUUCCUGGCCUUUGACACCCAGUUGCUUAUGGGUAACCGACGCCACACGCUGAGCCCCGAGGAGUAUAUUUUUGGAGCCCUCAACAUUUACCUAGACAUCAUCUACAUCUUCACCUUCUUCCUGCAGCUUUUUGGCACCAGCCGAGAAUGAGGAGCCCUUCCCAGCCCUCCUUCCUUCAGAGAAUGUUCCUUGCUGACCCCCUUACCCUCCCUGUGCUCCUGCAAGCCCAGAUAUAAACUAGCUGCCCUCC